AUUGAAAAUUUUAACAAAGCGCUCUUGGAAAUAAGGAGGUCAUCUGUGAAUGUUGAACAUAAGCUCCCGGAAAAGCAAAAGGAGAUUCCAAAGAAGUCAGAAGCUAACACUGUGAAAGAGCCGGUAAGUGGUUGGUGUACAUAACAUACGAGCUGGAUAUGUGAUAAACGAUAAAGUACAAACAUUUCUAAAGGUCAGUACUUGAUUCGAAGGGGAUCACAUCGUACCUGAAAAAUUGUUUCUUCUGCUUCCUCUUCAACACCCGCACCCAGUCUCUCAUGUCCUGACUCAAACAACUGGAUUUUAAAACUACUUACCUCUCUUGACGUGCGCCUACCCUCUUUUCUCCGUUAAGGUUGAUUUCCACUGACGCGUUUUUGGCUACGCACGUUCAUGCACAAAAAUUUGAAUCACGUAAAUAAAAUAGAGGCAAGCUAUAAAGUGUUGAGCUUAAUUGGAAGUUGAGUGAGGUUGAACUUUUACGGUUACGAGCGACCGUUCAUGCAUUGCCUCUAUUUUUGUAUUUGCGAACGGAAAUUUUACGCACGUACGCACGUAAAAAUUACGCGACAGUGGAAAGCAACCCUCAGAGUGGGCGAUGAGGCAAGCGAAAAUUUUAAACAUGUAAAAUAGUAGCAUAGAUAUAUCUACCGUAAAUGAUCUAAUAGACGCCGGGGGAGUUAGACAGCAAGACCCUAGGUGAAGAUGGAUUAACGUGUAGUAAAUAUAUAAAAGUAUACGUUUUAUGGAGUGCCGUAGCUCUGAAAUAUAAGUCCCCUGACCAAUGGUUUUACUGAUUUUUGCGGUGAUAGCAUCAAUGUGAUAUUUCCAAGUAAGAUUUUUAUCAACCAACGCACCAAGAUAUUCAAUAUAAUUUUUGGACUCUAGAGUAACAUUCCAUUUUUCUCGUCGGAAUGUGACUCUUUUUUGCUAAACAUGAAAUAUUACCAAGUUAGUUUUUGUAGUAUUGAAAGUUAACUUUUUGGAUGUUUACCAUUCGCAGAGGGUAGGUAAUUCAAUCUUUACUGCAUUUUCUAAGAACUUUAAGUUUUUAUCAGCAUAAAGCAUAUUAGUACCAUCUGCGAAGAGAUAAAACCUAAGUUUAUUCGAGCAAUGAUGUAAGUCGUUUACAUGCAAUAAACAAGCGAUGGGCCAAGGGAAGAUCCUUGGGGAACACCUCAAGUAGCGUUGGCUUUCUUUGAUAUGUGCGGUCCGAUCUGGGUCGGUUGCAUACGAUUAUUGAAAUACGAGGAGAACCAGUCUUUAUUUAUUCCACGAAAGCCAUAGUGGCUUAGUUUGUCAAGCAAAAUGUUAUGAUCGACAAUAUCAAAAGCUUUCUUGAAGUUUAUGAAGACUCCACUAGAGAAAAGCCCUUGAUUCAUAUUUGAUUUUAGUAUAUACACACUCAGUGAUCUUGUUAAUUCAAGAAAUCUGAUUGGUUAGCUAUCUCGGACUAUGACGUUAUAUUCACCGCGCUAGACGGUGAAUAUAAAGCAGAACAUAAUCGCGGUCGUGAGCUGGGUGUUUUGCCAAAGUUUCAUAGUAAAGCCGUUUUGAAAAUACAUGAAUAUCCAAGUGCUGAUGACUUCGAACGCAAGAAAAGACUUCAUGGUGUUUAA